AUGGCGUUCUAUUUUGCGCUGUUAAACGUAUCGGCAAAAAGAGACGAUCGUUCCGCUUCGACGUCGUCGCAUCGUCAAAAGCAUCGUCGGCAUAGCAUUGCUUCAGUCGAGAGUCCAGUGCUCGACUAUCGACUACUACCCAAGCCUCAAGUUGUUCGCAACGAGUUCUAUUGCGACGAUACGGAAAGCGGGAAUCGACAUGAAAGUUCUAAGCAAAACAACCGUCAAAGGCUUAAUCAAAAUCGCAGUGCAUCGUCGUCGCGACCAACCGCUGAACCGACGUCAUCUCGUAGUCGUGAUGGACGACGAGGCGGAGCAAAAGCGCCAAAGGAGCGACCUCAGAUCAAAGGAAUGCGCAAGUCGGACAGUAAUCAUCUGGAUACAGCAAGAAGAAUGAAACAAAAGAGUGAGAACGGGCACAAUAAUGCGAGACUGUGGAAAAGUCCGGAUCGUGAGAGGGAGCGGUUGGAGAGGGAGUUCUGCGGGAUGCAGGUGGCAUCAUCGUCGAAAAGGGCAAUGACAGCUGAGGCCAGACAAAAAUCCAUGAACGAUUCAACCGAAAGUGAAGGCUUGAGAGUCGUCGAAAACUUGGCCACCGCUGAUUUUGAUAGAAGGUGGCGAGGCAAAAGACCGAUCGUCGUCAAAAGAAGGGUGUCGCCUCAGGAGAGCUCAACGAGUGACAGUCGGCGAUCGAGUAAUCAGAGCAACCGCAGUCCGCAACGAAACGAUAGUCUCGGUAAGUAG